AAAAGUUAUAUGAGUACCGUAUUCAACAAGUGGACAAGACUCGCCACUCGGUCUUUCAAAGUCUGUCAAAGAACUGAAAAUGUGUGUUACAGCGUUCUACAUUAAUAGUAAUCCAGAUAAUCAUGGCUACAGGUUUGUAAUAAUAUUCAACAGAGAUGAAUACCUUGACCGACCCACCAAAGCUGCACAUUUUUGGACGGAUCAUCCUGAUGUUGUGGGCGGUGUUGACAUGAAUCCAGGAAAGGAAGGAGGAACUUGGCUAGGGAUUAGUAAAAGGGGAAGGGUAGCAGUCAUCCUGAAUAUCUUUAAUCCUGACGGUAUUCGUGAUGAUGCCAAAGGCAGAGGAGCUCUGGUGUCAGAUUUUUUGACUGGGAAGCAGACUACAGAUGAAUAUCUUAAAACAAUUUCAGAAGAUGGAGAAGAGUACAAUGGAUUCAAUCUCUUCACCAUGGAUAUCAGCAAUGGGGAUGCAGCUUAUUACAGCAACAAAUCAAGCAAGCCACCAGAAAAGCUCCAGCCAGGUAUCUAUGGUGUCUCUAAUUCUACACUUGACAAACCUUGGCCAAAGGCAAAUCACUUGAAGAUGAACCUAGAGGAAAUCAUUGGCAGCUGUAAUAGUAUGUCAUCAGAUGAUCUUCUUGAUAAACUUCAUGGAUUAUUGGACAGACCUCUUUUAUUAAAUGGUGAAAAGUUUGUGCACAAACCCGGGAUGACAUUAGAAGAAAUGAGAGCUGUACUACCACAGAUGAUACAUGUUAGGUCACCAGUCUAUGGAACUAGGUCUAGUACAGUGAUAACCGUUGAUGCUACAGGAGAAGUUGUCUACUCUGAGAAAUCUUUGGAAGAACCCAUUGACUCUUCAAAUCUGAAAUGGAUAACCACCCAACACAGAUUCCAUCUUACUUGUGAUUUAUGAUGGAUCUUUCAGAGUCUUCAAUUAGAGAACAGCCAAAGACAAUGAAUGAAUUAUAAUCAUCUCCAUUACUUAUUAUAGCUGCAGAAAAAAUAUGAUCACAUGGUCUCCAUUGAGGGAUCAGAAUGCUUUAUUGUGAAAUGGUAACUAUUUUCUUGUCACCAUUGUUUAUUACAUGUAUUCUUUCUUACUCUACUUGCAUUUCAUAUUGAUUUAAGUUUUAUUGUUUAAUUCAAUUAUUAGAUAAGAAAGUUUUAAUUUUAUUUCUGUAUUUAAUCAAUGAGCUGCUGUCACAUACUGCUGUUGUCACUUACAAAAACUACUUAAAGGACAUUUUGUCAGUGAUUUUAUGAACUGGCUCAAAUCCCCUGUUUUGGGUAAAAAUUAGGAGCUUCUGAAAUGCACCCAAGUGCUUCAUUUCAAAUAUUGAAAGAAUUAAUAAGAAUUGCUGACAAAAUUUUGUAUAUUUAAAAGAAUAGAAUGUAUGCUUUAAAUUUGUAUAAAUUAUUGAUUUGAUUUCUUUCAAAGUGCGAAGUUAUAAGCUUCUGAAAACAUCAAAAUUAUGAACGCAAUUAUCUGGAAAUCGUGUUUUGGAGACCAGCCGAGGUUUGAGCCAGUUUGUAAAAUCACAAAUUUUCCAUAGAAACUUUAAUUGGUUUCUCUAGUUCUAGAAUUGAGAUCAAUGUCACAAUUCACAAUAGUUGUGCUCCCUCUUUCUAGACACAUUUGAAUGUCUUUCUAGUAAAAAAAUCUGAUGAUGAUUAUGAUGAUGAUGGUGGUGAUGGAAAUGAUGAUGAUGAUGAUGGUGAUGAUGGUGAUGAUGAUGAUGAUGAUGACAAACUACUUAUUCAAAAAGUACCAUAAAUAUCUUACUUUGAUUUUCAAAUUACCCAAAUCAUGUAUUUUUCAUGCUUUUGUUAACCUAAAUAAUGCCUCAAAUAUAUAUGUUUUCAUGCUAGGAUGAAAUAUAUACCCUUUCCAUGCACCAUACACACAAGGCUGUUUAAAUUAUACAUUUUAUUCCUUUUUUUUGGUUAUGAUUCAUUUCAAUGUACAUCGCCUCAUGGUGAUAAACAACUCUGAUUUGUUUGCUACUGUGGAUGAGCAUUGAGUUCACCUUGCAAUGAUUGUGGCUGCGUAGGGAGUUCACUUUAAUGAAAUAUAAGUUUACAUAACCUAGGGAGGGGGCACUUACAUUGACGAGUGGA